AUGUCUGGAGCCAAAAAACUGGGUUCUCUGCCUGAACACCGACACCCACAGACCGCAGACCAGGAUACCCGCAAUCAGGGCAGGCUACCGCAUCGGAUGGUGCCACUCACGAGCCCCGACAAAGCCGACCUGACAAAACGAGGCUUGCGGCCUAAACGAGACAGUGUCACGGAGAGACGGCCGCUCUCUAUACACAUAAUUAGGUACAGAGACCUCGGCAAAACAUUCCCCUCCCAUCCCCCCGAGACCAGCUGGGGUCAUCCCGGUCCACAUAUCGCAGCCCCACUCACCUGACUCAUACUACUGGUCGGCCCACGCUACACACACAGUCCAGCCACAGAAUCAAGAUGGCGGCGGCUGACCAUGAGGUCGAGACAAACAGGCGGCACAAAUCACUGGAGCAGCGCCUGAAUGAUCUGUUCCGCGGAUUCUGGCGUAAACUACAACGCAAUGCAGUUCGAAACAGGCAGGCACAGAAGAGAUCCUCACCUCCCAGGGGCCAACAAGGACUAGGGAAGCAGCACAGAUUAAAGUACCAAACCAGCGCAGUCCAUGAGAUAGGGCCUACCAUCACUACCGCACAUGUCAUGCCGGAGAGACCAAAAAGCUCUAUGGCCGUGGACAUGCCCAGCCGGCUACGGAGACCGCCAAACCCCCAGAGGGAGCGGAAAGCUCGACAAGGUAUGGUUCGGAGCAGGCGACGCACGCAAUGGGGAAUGGGCUGA